AAUAAAGAGAAUAUCAUUUUGCGAGCUCAAAGUGAUGUUGUAACUAGAUGGAACUCCACCUACAAUGCGUGGGUUUAUAUACAGAAUAAAGAGAAUAUCAUUUUGCGAGCUCAAAGUGAUGUUGUAACUAGAUUGAACUCCACCUACAAUAUAUGGGUUUAUAUGCUUGAGCUCAAGCUCUAUAUUGAAAUACUCGCAAGUUCUCUUACUGAUGAGUGGACUGUAGUCACUGGUAUUAUUAAAGUUUUAAAACCAUUUAAUGAUAUAACAAACUAUAUUUUAGGUAGUUUAUAUUCAACAAUGAGCAUUAUUUACCCGACUAUAAGUACUCUUCAUAAUGCUUUAUCAAAAGAAUAUGUAGAUGAAGAUCUUAGUAUUUACGAUACAGAUAAAGUAGAUUUUGAUACAAUGGAUAAUAUUAGCAUGUUUGACCUUGAGGAGGUAUUGGAUGAAAAUGAAGAAUUAGAACAAAUAAAAUCACUAGCUACAACUGCCUAUUUGAUUGAACUUAUUAAAAACAUAAUAUUUAAAUUAUUUGAAAGGUAUUAUAAG